AUGGGUCAAGCGUUGCAGGCAUGCACUCCUGGUUGCGGGAACUGCGGCUGCUGCAGCGACUUAGGGGAUGCCAUCUCGCGGAUGUACAGAGCGCGAAGGGAACCUCGGCCUCGCACGCUGCAGCUUUCCAAGUCCUCCCGCUGGAGGAAGCUGCGUGCGAUGGUGCGGUCCACACGUGCCCUUGAGUCGCUCUUGGAGAAUGUGCGCUGCAAGAAGAUAGAGGAACUCUAUGAAACGGACUGGAGUGAAACCCCCACACCGGAUCGGUCCCCGUCCGUUCAGUGGCGAGUGGUGCAGAAAGUGUCGCGAUCGCUCUCUGUGCUGGAUGGCCUCUUGAAUGAGGUUCGCUGCAAGCAAACAGAGCAGCUCUAUGACUCCGAUUGGAACACAGCAUGCAGUGAGGAUGAUUGCGAGACUUGUGAGUCGUUGUAG